CGCUGUGUGCUCGGUCCUGAGGCUGCAGCUGCUCCGGUUCAGUCUCCGGUUCUUCUGGCUGAGUUGAGGGUCUCUCUGUCUUCAUGUCUGUGGAACAAACUCACCCCACGGACGAACUUCUUUCCUCUGAAAAAUGAGUUCGGUUAGGUGUCUUCUGCUCCCGGUCCUGGUCCUGGUUUUGAUCCUGCGCCCCGCGGAGCUCCGGGGGCUUCGGUCCGAGCUGGAGGCGCAGCGGUCGGAGGAUGCGGGCGAAGCGGCCACCAAGGCGUCCGUGUCCUCGGAGAGGAGCCCCUUUGAGAGGGUCGCCCGAGGAGCGAAGGGCGGCGGGUCCCGGAGGAGGGAGCCGCCCAGCAGGGACGACGACCCGGGCGGAUACUUCACCACCCCGAGGGCUGCCCGGCACACCGCGGUCCCUCCGGGUAACGGCUCCUCGACCUCCAGGAGCCCGGGGCUCCUGAACCCGCUGUUCCCGGUCACCGACGGCUCGUACCUGGCCUACACCGUCAUGCUUCUGGCGCUCGUGCUGUUCGCCGCUGGCAUCGUGGGGAACCUCGCACUCAUGUGCAUCGUGUGGCACAGCUUCUACCUGAAGAGCGCGUGGAACUGCGUGCUCGCGGGCCUGGCCUUCUGGGACUUCCUCGUGCUCUUCUUCUGCCUGCCAGUGGUCGUGUUCCACGAGCUCACCUUGACGCGAUUGCUAGGAGACCUGUCCUGCAGGCUCGUGCCCUACCUGGAGGUGACCUCUCUGGGCGUGGCCACCUUCAGCCUCUGUGCUCUGAGCAUCGAUCGGUUCCACGCCGCCACCGGUCCUGGACCCCACCAGAGCCCGAAGGUGGAGCCCUGCCAGUCCAUCCUGUCCAAGCUGGCAGUGAUCUUUGUGGGCUCCAUGGUGCUGGCGGCUCCAGAGCUGCUGUUGUGGCAACUGCUGCAGGAGACCGUCAGUCUGCCGGCGCUGCCCACCGAGCUGCAGCAGAACCAGGCCUCCGGCUCGCUCAUGGCUGCCUUCAGAGCCCGAACCGACGCCUUUAAGGUAGACGUCUGCGUCCGUGAGCCAUCGGCGGAGCUCCCAGAGAGCGUCUACUCCCUGGUGCUGACCUACCACGAGGCCCGCAUGUGGUGGUUCUUCGGCUGCUACCUCUGCCUGCCGCUGCUCUUCACGCUGGCCUGCGACUUGGUGACGCGACAUGUGUUAGCGCAGCGGCUACCAGCUAGCAGUGAGAAGGUGACGGUGCGAUGCUCCUCCACCUCGUCCUCGUCCUCCACGUCGAUGAAGAAGAAGCAGCACGUGAGGCAGCAGAGGCUUCGUUCCACCGUCAUGGCGCUCACCCUCUUGUACGUUGCCUGUAACCUCCCAGAGAGCGUCUGUAACAUCACGCUGGCGUACAUCUCCGUCCCGGUGUCGGCCGCCCUGCCGCCUCUCACUCUGCCGGCGCUCGGCCUGAUCGGGCAGUUCCUGCUGUUUGUGCGUUGCUCAGCGACGCCGGUGCUGCUGCUGUGUUUGUGCCGCUCUUUGGGUCAGGCCUUCAUGGAUUGCUGCUGCUGCUGCUGCGAGGAAUGCCUUCCCGACGGAAACUCCUCGUCCUCCUCCGCCUCCACCGCCGCCACCUCCACGCUCUCCUCGCCCACCUCGCCUUCGCCAUCCUCGCUGUCGCCGUCCGGUAAAGAGGAGACGGUGAAGAGUGUGUUGACAGAAGUAGCAGCGUUUGACAGAGCAAAAGACUCUCGGGCAGCGAUCGGGACGCCGUGCUGAUCCAGAACUGUUAAAACACACUACAGGGUUUAUUACAACUGGGUUUGUUUUGGUAAUUUCAUCCAAGUUUUCUCUAAACUAGUAAAAAUGUCCAAACAGCACCAGUCACAGCCCAUAUGGAAAAUAGUUCGAUAAGGUUCUAAUGUCAGCUUCGUCCAAGUUAAAACCAGAUGAUUUUAUCAAUCGUCUGAAAUAUUUGGCUAAGGGCGUCUUUCUAGAUUGUAGUGGUACUCAAAGCACUUCACAGUGUUUCUCAUUCAUUCACACACCAAUUUCCGCAGAACUUCCAUGCAAGGUGCUGCUGGCCAUAAGGAGCAACUUGGGGUUUAUUAUCUUGUCCAAGGAUACUUUGGCAUGAGAAGAAGUCGAGGUUUGAACCACCAACCUUGCGAUCAGUGACCAACCUGUACCACCACCUGAGCCACAGCCGACCUUUUUAUGAGUCUUUUAUAUUGUAGAAAAGCAAAACUGUGAUCGCUGUUCACCUUUGCUUCUUUUUUCAGCCUUAGGACUGCGUUAACCAUCGUGACUGAAUGUCGUACUAUGUCUUGUUCCCUUGUUUAGUCAGUUUCUCCCAGCAACCCGAACCUGAAGAAAAACUCAGGCUGUCAACCUCUAUAGCUGCCCCUGCUCAGAAAAAAGAGAGUCAUCGUGCACUCGUACCACAUGAAAUUCUAAUUCGUACACUCCCACAUUUUGGAAGUGACUUAAGUCAUAACAUAUCGUUUGCUAUGCUACGCUUCCUUUAUAGUCAGUGAAAAUGGCCACAUAAGCACAUAAGUGGUAUGUAAACACAGCAGAAAUAGAAAACAGUCUUCUGGUUUACGUGCAGCCUCAGUAGUGAUGUGGGCAUCUUGGUGAAGAUGGAGCUCAGAUAGAAGGUAAAGCUUCGAUUUAUCGGUCGGUCCAUGUUACAACUCUAGCAACAGAAAGAAAAUAAGGUUCAGAGAUACAAGCAGCUGAAAUAACUUUCCUCAACCUCAGAGAUCAGGUGAGGAGCUCGAACACCUGCGAGUCACUGCUUCUUCAGCUGAGGUGGUUCAACAUCUGGUUCAGAUUCUCCAGAGUACCUUCAUUUGGAGGUUUUCAGCUGGUUGGGGAUCCUGGAGUAAAACCAGAACUCUCUUGGGGGGUUUUAUAUCCCAGGCCAGAUGAGAUAUAACUAUCCCUCCCAGAGAGUUCUGAUGAUAUAUCUCAAAAGUUCAAAGACCAGAUAAGAUAUAUCUAUCCAGAAUUCUCUCUGGAGGUUGUACAUCUCACCUGGCCUAGGAACAUUUGAGAUAUCUUUCCAGAACUCUCUUAGGGAUGGGGUUAUACAGUGCUAGUCAAAUGUUUGGACACAUUUUCUCAUUGAGUGGUUUUUAUUCAAUUAUUUCAUACGUUGUAGAUUAAUACUGAAAACUAUAAAAGAAUUAAUAUGGAAUUAUGUUGUAAACAAGUAAGUGUUAGUCUUCAGUAUUAAUCUAGCGCGACCCAACCCCGAAUUAGAGGAAGAAAAUAUGUGGAUGGAUCUUAACAUUUUUUACAUGUGGUUUGCAUGACCCUUUUACACAUCUCAGAAAACUAAAGGUGCUAACUAGAACCAAAAAUGGUUCUUCACAAUGAUUCCAUCAAAGAACCAUCCUUAGUUCCACAAAGAACCUUUUAGCAAAAGAUUCUUCUUCAAAUGGCUCCUUAAUAUAACCCCAAAGAUGCCUCAAAGAACCAUCAAUAAAUGGUUCCUUUAGAUCUACAAAUAGCGUUCUGAAGAACAUUAGCAAUGAUAGUUUCUUGAAGAAACCACUUACCAAAUUGCUCUUUGAGGACUCACUUGGUUCUAUUUUGAUAGCAGGACUUCAUUAUUAUUAUUUUUGAGGAAAAAAAAGUCCAAAGAAAGAAUUUGCAGCAUUUCUGAGUUCCUACCAUUACAACACAUUUAAUAUUUUGGGUUCUUGGUCAACAUUUUCUGAGAUGCCUGCUUGUGAUUGGUUUAACUGUCAUGGACAUUGUUUUUUAUGGCAUUUGUCACCCUGAUGUUUCUUCCAGAAUGAAAAUGCUGGGAAGACACAGCUCUAAUUUCAAGAACCUUAAAAACAUACAUGAAAUACUUAAAGAAGCAGCUCCUAAUUACAGAAGGUCUUCAGCUGGUGGUGGUGCUUUGAAGAACCAUCUAAGAACCUUUAUUUUUCUGAAAGCAGUGUCUAUAUUUUUUUAAACUAAACCAAAGUACUUCAACUUCCCAGUCUUGAUCAACUCCUCAUUUAGUUGACCAGUAGCCUCCAGCAGACGGUUGAUGAGUAGCUUCAUCCAGACAGUCUGCUGUGGUCUGUCGAUGUGAGCGGACCGAUGUUACACAAACUCAAGACUAUCAAGUCAUCAACAAGAUCCACAUAUGUUCAGGUUAUAAUACAUAUCUGAUAGAAAUUAUGGACAGAAUUAUCGAAAUGAAACCCAAAUGUAAUAAACUGUGAUGUUGUCUGUAUAAAGUUAUCGAUUAGAGCAGAACUGCGUUGACUAGAGUUAGAUGGUUAUGUACAGGAUAGAGUAAGUUCUUUAAAACGGGGGUGUAGGUGGAUUUAGUUCCUCUAUUGAAGGACUCAUCAUUGUUUUGCAGUUUUUUUGUGGUACAAUUGUUGUAGUUGUUUAUAUUUGUCUAAUACUCCAUCAGGAUAUUUGUAUGAUGUUCUCAGUACUGUAUAAAGUAGAAGCACUGGAUCAUUCGGGGAUUUUACAAUGAAACACAGUGAAACUGAAAAUAAAGACUUUUCUGUUUGUUUUUUUUAAGAAAACAUGAAUUUGCUGUUGCUCAUUAUUGACUCGUGUUCACCUGAUUCACAGCCUGACUGACAGCAGGUUAAAAUGGCACGAGAUCAUUAUGAGACUUCAACAUUUUUAAACAAUGUGAAACUAAAGUUUGGCCCUUUUUUUUUUUUUUACUUGUUUUAGUACUUUUGGUUUAAUAAAAUGAAAAGUUGCCUCAAAA